GAGAAGUGCAAAGCCCACCCACAUUGCUACUGUCAUACCCUUUGGUGCUGCUGGUCCUAAGUACUAUCCCGUCGGCGAAUACCUGACCUUACCUGAACCAGACUGCUUGUAGGAGGUAGAACCUGGAGUGAGAGAGAGAGCUUGGCGCUAACCUGGAAGUCAACAACGCUCACCGCGCUGAACAGCCACCGCGAACUUGACGCGCAGACGUUGCGAUCUACGCACCGAGAACCACUGCUGUAUCACCAGCGCAUUGCAGAUUGUGCAUCUGAAGCAGUGUCUGGCCGAGGCAUCCAGUACCAUCACCACCGCCGCCGCUUCCACCACCACUACCACCAUCCCCCCCUCCCUCUCUUCCACCUUCAGCGCUCCCACGGUGGCUUCCGACGACGACUCCAUUCACACCACCCCUUCCCUCCGCGGCCUCGCGCCUCUCUCCAAAGUCGACGUCGACUCGUGUUUCCAUCUCGAAGCAGCAGCGGCGGCGGCGGCAGCAGUAGCAGAAGUAGAAGUAGAAGCGCAGGAGCGGCCACAGGAGCAGCAGCAUCAGCAGGAGCGCGACCGCGACCUCGAGCCAUCCUCGACUUCGGCCGCCGAGAGUCCUCCUCCGUUUUCUUCACACGGCUUCCCAGCGCAAUACUUCCCAGACCCGUCGCCUGAACACCCGUAUCCCCUCACCACCGCGUGUGCGACCGCGCCCCUUACUGCCACUGCGCCCGCCGGUCCCGCGCCGCCAUUCCCGUUCCCAGAAACAGAGCAGCAGCACGCGGCGCCCUCUACUGUCGUUGCAGACACCAAGGCUGCGCUCCCACGAGAUACCAAGAGCGGAACAUCGAGUAAGGAUCUAGACGACGGAGAACCGCCGCCGCCAUACACUGAAGGCUCCAGUCCACUCGAAGGCUUCACAUACGUCAUGGCAGCAGCAGGAGGUGCCGCGAGCAUCCUCACGCAAGUGCAGCAGGCCGGACCGGCACCCAUAAACACUUCGCUCGGAGGAGGCUCGGAAGAGAACAUCACUCUUGAACUCCGCGGCACCCGAUUUACCUUGUCUAGAGACGAGCUUCUGACCCUACCAGAAUUCGUGCUUCUUUCCCUUUUCCCGAACGGCCUGCUCCCCGAUGGCCACAUGAACAGCUACCAAGACGGCGACGUCUAUCCAGUUGAUUAUGACCCCAUUUCCUUGCAAUACAUGCUCGAGUUCUUCCGAAAUGUUGCACAAACCAUUCCGCAAGCAUCAGAAGAGGCUCAAGGCCAGUCGAGCGAUCCACUGGCCCCAAACACCAUGCCAAUCGAGCCGAUGUCGGGCAAUGCCCGAGACAUGCUGCAAGAUCGCGCUGGUAUCAUCGUCCUUCGGGAAGAUCUCGACUUUUACGCGAUCCCGCCACGCAAGGAUGUCGAACAAAUGGAAAUGAUCAACAUCAAGCGUGCCGCAAGCCGAGCGCUGCUCAAGCAAGACGGCAUCUUCUCUGGCCUGCGAAAGAGUGAGGAGCCUGGUACCACAGAGCAACAUCUCAUCGAGAUGCUUACAGCGGGCGGUUUCAACCACGACGAUAUAUGGGGGCAUCGUGCAGCCGAACCACAAAAGGCAGUCAUAUGCUCCAUCGCGCUAGCACGCCUGCGAACAGACAUCAACAAGGGUGAUACUGCUGGAGUUGCCAACGCUGUUGGAAUGGCGCAGAAACUACUCCUCUUUUGGAGGAAGCCAGCACGUAGAUGCUGGUGGGAGGGCGUCGAGCUCGAUGACGUUGAAGGAGUUCCCGGCAAGCUGAAGGUGUGGAUUAGAAGAGUGUGGACCCUAGAAAUGAGUGUUAUAGGGUUGCGCUAAAGUUCCUGGGGUCUACAUUUGACCUGUGAUCUGCCACUCUACCCAAUGACCCAGCAGCGCACCCGGCAAGCAGUCUGCUUGCACAUCCUGAUACCCCAGGCGGCGUUUCUAGGACGUCAGCCUUUCAUUCUCUUCAUGUUGGAUCACGAAAGCAUUACGAGCGGGCGCAAUAGAAAGCAUUGCGUUGGUGGAACAGUCCUUGAAGCUCAUUGUAUGCAUUCAAGACUGGCCGAGGCAUAAAAAACUUGGUGCUAUUACACCACAUUAAUGCGUCCAUAGACACUUUCCAGGAAUGCAUAUAUGGGUAUCGGACAAGAUGCCGUUUAUAUGCGUAAGAAC